AUGUCUGGGGGAAGGACGUUCCAGGCAGAAAAGCUCUCAGAUGCAAAGGUGCUGAGGCGGGAGGAUAUUCGCUGCUACGAAAAGGAGCACGAGGACAGCAGCUCGGCCGGGGACUGGCGCGGUCCCGCCGCGGCCUUUAAAGGCCCACCACGUGGCCCGCGCUGCCGGCCACGGUCCGGGGGCGGCGUCUGGGAUGCGCCUGCGCACUGCCUCGCAGAGGAGUACGGCGUUCCGAGAAAAGGCGCGGGGAAACGAAAGGAAGGUUGCUUAGGGUGGGCGGCCCUGGGAGGAGUCGACUCCUUAUGCAAAUCACAGCGGAGCCGGCCGCGCAGGCGCAGUGAGCCGAAAUGCGAACUUAGGCUGUUACACAACUGCUGGGGUCCGCUCUCGCCGCCCGCCCGGCAGUCAGUCAGCGUCGCCGCCGCUGUCGCCCGCCUUAGCGGUUCCGGGAGUCUCAGGGCCCGCAGCCCGCCGCCGCUUACCCGCGCCUUCGGGAGCCUCCGGGAGCUCCCGUCCGCCCGCAUAGGCCGGUCUCGACCGUCUGCGUCUCCUCGGCGCCACUCGCCGCCCGCCGCUCUCACCGCUCCGGCCGACAUGAGCGGGGACCAUCUCCACAACGAUUCCCAGAUUGAAGCGGAUUUCCGAUUGAAUGAUUCUCAUAACACAAAGAUAACAUAAAGAUCGAGAACACCGGGCACAAAGAACACAGAAAGACAAGGAGAAGGACCGAGAAAAGUCCAAGCAUAGCAACAG